GCCAACCCAACCCAAGCAGGAACAUGUCCCAUAGCGCCUCCUCGUUUCAUCCACACUCUGCGGCCAAGGUCCGGAAUUGAAUUGAGAAAUCGGAAACCGAUCUCUCUCCUUGACGUAGUUCUGCUAAUGCUCUGGCUGCCUCUCUCCCAGAGUCAGCUCGGUCGAAAACCUGUCUCAUCUCGACGGCAACAAGUUUCUGGAACGAGUUACAACAUGGGUUCUGGUUCUCUCAUGCCGCUGUUCCCCAUAGCGCCGCUUUCCCAGUCAACAAAGUAAAUACAAAAGCCAUUUUUGCCUGUUCUGUGUUGAAAGUAUGAGGUUGAAGUGCGAAGUGCAUUGAGCAGUGUGUCAGAAACACUAUACAAUGAGACGGUUCACCUGAAUAGGCCUCUGGGACUGGUAGGCGGGACUCAGACUGGGAGGGGUUCUCUGGUAGUGUGAGGGGAAUGGCUGGUGUGGGUAGCUCAGUGGGAGCUUGUAGUCGUUGGAUCUGCUGGGUGAGCUCGGACACCUGCAGCACCAGGGUCGGGAUCAGCAGAUCUUUGCGCUCGGACUGGAGGUGUCGUACAGGAGCCCCGGCUCUCUCUCUCUUCUACCGGACAGGACACCCGUGAGUUUGAGCAUGGCAGACUCCUACUAAAGCCAUCACGGAGAGAUACGCUUAUAUACCGACUAUGGCUGUGGACGCUGCGUCCAGCUUCAGCUUCUGUCGGGCUGCGCUGGACCACACAGUCUCAGCAGAGGAGCUGAACUAUCAGCUGCCACGCAGGGCCGGGGGCAACCUCACCUGGCAUGAAGGACGCGGGCAGAGGGUGACGAGGAGGACCGUCAAACUGCUACAGCAGCCCGGCACAGAAGGAAUACAGAUCCAGCCAGGAGAGGCCUUCACUGUGUACCACACCAGCCCAACGCUCUCCAGCUUAUGCAAACCAGUGGUGCUAUGGACCCAGCAGGACGUCUGUAAGUGGCUGAAGAAACACUGUCCCCACAACUACCUGACCUACGUGGAGGCCUUCUCUCACCACGCCAUCACAGGUCGUGCCCUGUUGCGGUUGAAUGGAGAGAAGCUGGAGAGGAUGGGUAUAAUCCAGGAGACACUGAGACAGGAGGUCCUGCAGCAGGUCCUACAGCUACAGGUCAGAGAGGAGGUGCGCAACCUACAGCUGCUCAGCAGAGCUUCCUUCGGCAACAUUUCUUAGCUCACUAUCCUUUUGGCAGCUCUCUCGUCUUCCCGGCGGAUACAAGAGGCCUUGUUCCUGCUACAGACAGACUGCCAGAGAGAGCGAGAGGAGACUGUUAACUCCAGGCCAAUUUAACAGACAGGACCGUCUUUUUAUGCAAAACUGGAUGGGGUUUCAAAGACUCAAAAGGACAAAGUCGGACUCUAAAACUGUAAUAUAGUGAUACGAUUCAAGUCUCACCUCAUCUAACCUAGACAACCAAGCAGAGCUCUUACAAGAGUAAGGACGUGGAUUGGAUCAAUGCCUCUCAAGAAGUUGAUCUCAGAUCCAAAUCUCAGAUCAUGUUACGGGAGCAACACCUCUUGAUUUCCAGAGGUUUAAAGUGUUCAGAUGUCUGAUAGCCCUGCUCUUUUGACCCAGCACCACUCGCUCAGAAUGGAUGUAGACGCAGUGCUGAAUAAAUGCUGUUUCUGGAAGUGUGGGAACAACAGACAAUUCCUCCUCCUACCUCUCACAAUAGAUUGUACCAUUCCAUUUGCAGAUGUAAGAAAGAGAAUUAUAUGUAGAAUAGGGCAUGAAGUUUGAUUACCCAACAUUUCCCCAUUCCUGACUUCUACACAACAGACUAAAGGGACGUUCACACUGACAAAAACAAUGACUACAUGAUCUGAAACUGGAUAUUAAUGUCAAUUUGUUUAAAAUGAACAUUGAAUGUUAAUUAUAUCAGAUGUGCACACUUAAAAACCAACCACCGUUUUAUUUCCUUCUCAGGAUGUUCUAUUGCUUUCUAUGUUGUUCCUGCUGUUACCUUCAUCAAUGCACUAAUUUAUAUUUUUGAUUUCAGUGUCAUUUUGAAAUUUUGCACACUCAAUGUAGAUGUUCAGGUUUUCUCCUGAUAUAUCAAGUAAUCUGAAUAUGAAUAUACCGUUACUCUAGUAGUUAGUUACAGUAUGUGUCUAGAUCAUUGUCACACUCGUAGAAGUCCCAGUUGUCCUCCUUUACAAAGCAAUAAUGUAAGGCGCUGCCACAUGUCUGCAUGGAUAGACCUGUUUUUAGAGUAGCUACCUUACAAUCAGAAUCUAUAGGUCUGCAUCAUACUCUACGCAAUCAAAUGCUUAUAUAUUCUAGCUCAAUUUGGUGUGUUGUUCCAAGAUGAAGCAAUUCGUAUAUUCAGUUUUUUUUUUCUUUCAGAUUUAACUAUUGUAAAGACAGAGCAGUAGAUUGAAGAGAACACCAAAUAGUUGUUGGGUUUCAUUGGUUAGGUCAUUGUGCUAUUGGGAUAUUUAACCAACAUGGCAGUUGUGUUUCCCAACAUACUAAAUCCAAAAGUCAACUUUUAAUGAUUGAAAUGUGUGUGAACUAGCCUUUUGAGUAAUGGGGUUUGUUAUCGUCAAGAAUGCAAGAAGUCAUGUUAAGUAUUUUCUAUAUUUCUUCUGGUAUGAUAAAUGACCUUUUUUGGAGAGAAUAUACUGCAAUUCUUUCCAUUUUGUGAUUUUGCCAUUAGUUAGGCAAAAUCUGACCUGAACGCUCACUGAACUUCACUGUGAUGCAGUAGCAUGUUUGUUUAGGAGGCUUGAAUGUUUGUCUGUGUUUAGAGAACAGGGCUGAGUUACAGUAAAAUCUCAUUUUCACAAAGCAGUUGGAAUCUCUGAGUGAUUAUCUGAUGCUCAUGACACCAGUCAUUGUUCAGUGCUUUUUCACAAUGUACUCAAAGCUGACGGAAAUCUGGCCAGUUGACACAAACCAGUUCAGUCUAUCCAGGUUAAAAGUGAGACUGACAGGCCGGAAUUCUCUCUGAAAUUGUUUAGACAUAAUAAAAGAUGGUUCGCCAGAGUGUUUUGCUGAUUCCUGCAUCCUGACACACAAGCAUUUUUUCUUUCCAGACAAGUAAUGGGUUUCUUUUCAAUCUUGUUAUGCAAAAAUGAGGGAAAUGAACAUCGGUUAUGUAAUGACCUGCUACUAACAUGAUUAUACAAGACAUGGUUUGGCAAAGGCAGAUGUAUAUGUGUGUUUUGGAAUAAAGUUUUAAAAAAAUAAAUAUUUUUCAUAUGGAAA